AUGGACGCGGCCUCGUCCCCGCCCAGUGCUGAGAGGAAGCGCACAGGCUGGGGCCGCCUGCUGGGCGCCCGGCGGGGCAGCGCGGGACUGGCCAAGAAGUGUCCCUUCUCAUUGGAGCUGGCCGAGGGUGGCCCGGAGGGCAGCACGCUCUAUGCUCCCAUCGCGCCACCCGGAGCCCCGGGGCUCACGCCCCCCUUGUCGUCCCCUGUGUCGCCAGCCCCGGUCCCCGCAGACCUCGGCCCACGUCCGCGCGUGAGCCUUGACCCGCGUGUCUCCAUCUACAGCACGCGCCGCCCGCUGCUGGCGCGCACCCACAUCCAGGGCCGCGUCUACAACUUCCUGGAGCGACCCACGGGCUGGAAGUGUUUCGUGUACCACUUCACCGUCUUCCUCAUUGUUCUGGUCUGCCUCAUCUUCAGCGUCCUGUCCACUAUUGAGCAGUAUGCCGCUCUGGCCACCGGGACUCUCUUCUGGAUGGAGAUCGUCCUGGUGGUGUUCUUUGGGACAGAGUAUGUGGUCCGCCUCUGGUCCGCAGGCUGCCGCAGCAAGUACGUGGGCAUCUGGGGCCGGCUACGCUUUGCCCGGAAGCCUAUUUCCAUCAUUGACCUCAUCGUGGUUGUGGCCUCUAUGGUUGUCCUCUGUGUGGGUUCCAAAGGGCAAGUGUUCGCCACAUCAGCUAUCAGGGGCAUCCGCUUCCUUCAGAUCCUGCGGAUGCUGCACGUUGAUCGCCAGGGGGGCACCUGGAGGCUCCUGGGCUCUGUAGUCUUCAUUCACCGCCAGGAGCUGAUCACCACCCUGUACAUUGGCUUUCUGGGUCUUAUCUUCUCCUCCUACUUUGUCUACCUGGCUGAGAAAGAUGCAGUGAACGAGUCUGGCCGCAUCGAGUUUGGCAGCUACGCAGACGCUCUGUGGUGGGGGGUGGUCACAGUCACCACCAUUGGCUAUGGGGAUAAGGUACCCCAAACGUGGGUUGGAAAGACCAUCGCCUCCUGUUUCUCUGUCUUCGCCAUAUCCUUCUUUGCACUCCCAGCGGGGAUACUUGGCUCCGGGUUUGCCCUGAAGGUCCAGCAGAAGCAGAGGCAGAAGCACUUCAACCGGCAGAUCCCAGCUGCAGCCUCCCUCAUCCAGACUGCAUGGAGGUGCUAUGCUGCUGAGAAUCCUGACUCAUCUACCUGGAAGAUCUAUGUCCGGAAGCCUGCUAGGAGCCACGCUCUGCUGUCCCCCAGCCCCAAGCCUAAGAAGUCUGCCAUGGUAAAGAAGAAGAAGUUUAAGCUGGACAAGGAUAAUGGGAUGAGUCCUGGAGAGAAGAUGUUCAGUGUCCCUCACAUUACAUAUGACCCUCCAGAGGACCGGAGGCCAGACCAUUUCUCUAUUGAUGGCUAUGACAGCUCAGUAAGGAAGAGCCCUACACUGCUGGAAGUAAGCACACCCCAUUUCUUGAGAACAAACAGCUUUGCUGAGGACCUGGACCUGGAAGGGGAGACACUGCUGACCCCCAUCACCCAUGUGUCACAACUUCGGGAGCACCAUCGGGCCACCAUCAAGGUGAUCAGGCGCAUGCAGUACUUUGUAGCCAAGAAGAAAUUCCAGCAAGCACGGAAGCCCUACGAUGUGCGAGAUGUCAUUGAGCAGUACUCUCAGGGCCACCUCAACCUUAUGGUGCGCAUCAAAGAACUACAGAGAAGGCUGGACCAGUCCAUCGGAAAGCCAUCUUUGUUCAUCCCCAUCUCAGAAAAGAGCAAGGACCGGGGCAGCAACACCAUCGGUGCCCGUCUGAACAGGGUGGAAGACAAGGUGACACAAUUGGAUCAGAGAUUGGUGAUCAUCACAGACAUGCUCCACCAGCUGCUGUCCCUGCACCAAGGUGGCCCAACCUGCAACAGCAGGCCACAAGUGGUGGCCAGAGAUGAAGGCGACACCAUCAACCCUGAGCUCUUCCUGCCCAGCAACAGCCUGCCCACCUAUGAACAGCUGACCGUGCCCCAGAUGAGCCCUGAUGAGGGCUCCUGAAGGAGCUCAGAAGGGAGGUCCAGGGUAACCCCAACAUAGGUCUUCCCCACCUUCCUCUCAACAGGGGCACCCACCUUGUUCUCACCCCCUCAAAGGCCUGAUAUAUUAGCCUAGCUCCCCAAGUCCCCAAAAACCUAUGGGCUAAGCCACUAGCCUGAGCCUGGAACUCACCAAGACCCCUCUGCCCAGCCAGUGGGUACUAGAACUUGGCUGGACACGGGGUUCCUCUCAGGCCAGAAUUGUCACUCUUAUCAAGAUGGUGAUGCCACCCAUCUGAUACCUGGGACACAAGGAUGUGGAGCAUCUGUGUAGGCUAGGAUGCAACUCGGGCAGAGGGAGGCCCGUCCAUGUGAUGCCAAGUGGCUUCCUAAAGGGAGACAAAGAAUCUAGCAGGAUCUAGGGUCACCACCCUCAGCCUCAUAUCCAGGGCCCAGCAGGGCAUGGCAGGCCCAGCCCACACUAAUUACAGGCUACAGGCCAGUGGGGACUCAGCAGGCCAGAGCCUGAUUCCUUCACUCUCUAGUGAUAUUGACUUCAUGGCCAGGAUACCAAGGGGUUUCCAGCUUCCCACAAGGGUUAUCCCAAGCAGGGGAGUAUCUGCUGUCCACCCCAGCCAGCUGUGGACUGCCAGCUUCUCCCCUGGAGUGGCAAGCAGGGCCCUCAAGUCCUGUGAGCCCCACAGGCAGCCUGCCUCCUCCUCCUUGCUGGUCAGAGGUGCCCAACAGGUGCUCAGACUCAGCCUCAUCACACCACAUCCCUCAGUCAGCAGCUGAGCCACAGCAGGGUUAGGGGCGUUACCAUUUCUCCCCAGGGUUGGUUCCUUGGGCAACUCACAGAAAUCAGGAUAAUCUCUGGUGAUUCAGAAUCUGUGUUUUAAUGAAUUUCAUGGUGUGAUCUUGAUUGACAGGCUUUUCCAAAUAAACUUGAGAGA